UAGGCAUACAUUUUAGUUUUCAUAGAAUCGAUUUUUGUAAAAUGUGGGACAUAAUUACCCAAAUGUCCAAAAUGUGUAUGUAGCAGCUUCUAAAACUUAAAAAUCUGGCAGAAUGAGAGAUUUCUCUUUUUGUCCGGAAGCUGCCAAAACCUCUGGCUGUGCCAGAUAAAUCUGGCAUAACGGCAUCCCUGGCUCUUGCACGAAGAAGACGCUCUCAUUUUCUUCGGGCUUCGUAGCUUUUCGCAACGAAAACGGAGUAUCCUGGAGGAACGUAAUAUCGAACGAAUUUUCUAGGUGUCGUGAAAGGUUUUUUCUGUUCCAUAUUCAACUUUUUUCAUAAUGUCUGCAGAAAGAAAAGCUCCUAACGGGAAGUUUCACACAACAAGAAGCCCUAAUCCGGCAUUGCAGAAGCCGAAAUACUUAUCGAUGAUUGUUGAGGCUAUAAUUACAAACAGGCCAGACGCUCUUACAAAGCGUGAUAAAGGGUUAUCAGUGCAAGCCGUAAAAACAAUUAUCAGUUCGAAAUAUUUGAUUUCUGAAGACGUUGUUCGUAAAAACAUGAAAACUGCUCUUGUCCGCGCAUUAAACAAGACCAUUUUGAAAAAAUCUUCAGGAAUUGGAUUGUCCGGGUCGCUGAAAUUACACAAAAAUUUUAUUACAGCUCUAAAAACUGAUGAUACUACAGCAGAUACCGCCGCGAUCACCAGAACUAUUACGAGAUACCUGAAGAAUUUACCAGUUGUAGAUGAUAAAGGGGAACCGAAAAGUGGAAGGUCUGGAAACAGGGAGAAUACACCGAAGAUUAAGUCGCGUGAUGGUAAAACGGUACUUGGAAAGAAAAGAGCGAUUGAAAAGCCGUCAAAUGAGUCGCGAGCUAAAAAAGCGAAGAAAUAAUAUAGCUUAGUAUUUUUAUUGCACAUCUAAUCUUGUUACUCCCGGAUGGGAGUUUAUCACAAUGAUUAAAUGAGGUAUUCAUAAUAUCCAUAUAUCUUUCAUUUUCUAAAGGCUAUCGUGCUCAAUAAAAUUACAAAUUAAAAUAAACGAAUUUCCU